ACUCGAGACCAAAUCCCGAAUUAAGUCUUGCAACCAUGAAAGUCGUAAUUGCUUUGUGUGCCUUGGCGGCUCUCGCCUCCGCCGCUCCCCAGCAAGGGGGCGAAGCCCAAAUCCUGCGAUUCGAAAAUGAGAACAUCGGCGUCGAUGGAUACAAAUUCAAUUUUGAGACCAGUGAUCCGAUUUCGCGCUCCGAAUCCGGGGAAUUGAAAAACGCCGGAAGUGAUCAUGAAGCAGUGGUGGUUCAUGGCGAGUACACCUACAAGGGCCCUGAUGGCAAAACGCACACAGUGUCGUUCGUCGCUGAUGAAAACGGAUACCAGCCCCACACCCAGACUAGCUAAAACCUGCCUGUUUAGUGUAAUAUUGCAAAUGCCAUUAUUUUUGUAAAAAAUAAUAAAUAAUAAAAAUUUGAUAUUUGAA